AUGCAAAGAAUUUGCUACCGAGAGAGUCCUGCUGAACCAUUAAAGGACUACAGACUUCUGACUGUGACUUACGGUACCCGGGCUGCGUCAUUUCUCGCCACUCACUGUAUACUUGAGCUAAGUUACAAUGUUAAAAAUCAUGCAGCCCAGCGUGCUAUUCAUGAAGAUUUUUAUGUUGGUGACUUGUUAAGUGGCGGUCAAGACGAAGCCGAAUGUUAUAAACUUUUUCAAAAUUUAUCUGAAGAACUUGAUAAGGCUGGCCUACUCCUUCGCAAGUGGUGUUCAAACUCAAAGUUAGUUAUGUCAAGAAUGUCAAUUCCUGAACGAGAUCCUACUUACCUGUUGUCCAUCAAUGAAGAGGAUACCGUUAGCACACUAGGUCUCACUUGGCAACCAAGUAAUGACUGUUUUAAGUUCAUUUUUAAAGAUUUAUUAAGGCCUCUCCACAUGACUAAAAGAACAUUACUCUCCAAUAUAAACAGUGUAUAUGAUCCAGUGGGAUUCCUAACGCCUGCCUUGAUUCGAGGAAAAAUGUUUAUGCAACAGUUAUGGUCCUCCAAAUUGAACUGGGACACACCACUUUCUGUUGAAUUGCAAACCAAAUGGACAAGCUUUUAUCAGGGUCUCAAGUAUCUAGAGCAGUUAUCAAUUCCACGUCAUGUUCCAUUUGAUAAUACUACAUCGGUGCAACUGCAUGGCUUUUGUGAUGCAUCGCAAAAUGCCUUUGGUGCAUGUAUAUAUUUCCAAUCUGUUGCCACAUCGCAAUGUCAAUUAUAUUGUUCCAAGUCUAGAGUAGCUCCACUAAAGCCCAGUACAAUUCCACGAUUGGAACUUUGUGGAGCACUUCUGUUGGCAGAGUUGGUCAGUAUGGUUAAAAGAGAACUAGAACGCAUAAACAUUCGUUGUGAUCCCCGUAAUGUCAUCUUAUGGUCUGAUUCUUUCUUGGAUCAAUAG